GCAGUUGUCACCGGCAGCAGCGAAGGCAGUGCGAGAGGGGGAGAGAGCUCCGUUCCUAGGACCGUCGCUCCCCACCGCCGUCUUAACGGAGCCCUUUCCCCUUCCCCCGUCUUCUCCAUCCUUGCCGCAAUGACCACCACAACCAUCUUCUCGGGCAUGGACCCCAGCGGCAGGAACAGCUCCAGAGUGCUGCGUCCUCCUGGCGGUGGUUCCAACUUUUCCUUGGGUUUUGAUGAACCAAAAGAACAACCCAUGCGAAAGAACAAAAUGGCAUCCAGCAUCUUUGGAACUCCUGAAGAAAAUCCACCUUCCUGGGCUAAAUCAUCAGGGACAAAGCCAGGUGAAAUCAGAGAAGACACUGAAUUGUCUGGACCACAGAGAAAUUCAGCUGAUGCUAACUGUGGAGAUGUCAUAGAUCCAAAGGGAGGAGAUGGCGGUGGUGAAACAUAUGAAAACACUGAGGCUGAUGUAGAGGCUGCCCCAGGUCAGAAUGAAGAAAAAUCCCUGCCUGCUGCACCUGUUCCUAGCCCAGUAGCACCAGCACCUGCACCAUCCAGGAGAAAUCCACCCGGUGGCAAGUCCAGCCUAGUCCUCGAGCACAGAAGCUGAGCACCAUGAAUAAUGAAGCUGAUAUCAGGAAGAAACUUGAGGUGUAGAAGACAUAGCGGAAAUCACUGGUUAUAUCCACCAGGAGACCUGAAAUGAAAACCACAGCUUGGUUAAAGAGAGAUACGUGCUUUUCUCACCAGUCAGAGGGGGUCCAAUGAGGAGAGUGAUGCUUUCCAGGAUGGUGAAGAGCCCUAGAGCACUUGAGAACCUGUCCAUCUCCACCACAUCCAUCAGCACCUGGAAUGUGAGGGCCCCGAUGCCACUCAUGGCUAUACUGAGGAUGACGCAGUAGAAGAUGAGCAUGCUGAAUUUGGCUGAGAUGACACAAAUGAAAUUGCUGAGCCCACAGAGGAGCACGGCCAGGCUGUACAGGUAGAUGCGUCUCCCUGUGAAGAUUGUUUGUCCUGACAGCAGCCCUGUCAGAGGGCGUAUGAAGAUGUUGAUGAAUCCAAUAAUGGAGAUGAGGAGGGCUGCCCUGCGUUCAUCCACCCCAUUCUGGAUGGCAUAAGGUACAAGAUAGACAUGGGGUAACACAAACCCCAUCAUCAUCCAUGUCACUCCAAUUGUGUAAAUCUGGUACCCUUUGUUUUGACAGAAGAUAUCAAAAGCCAGGUACUUCUGGAGUGCCUGGAAACAUGCGAUCUUCCUGGUUUGUUCCUGGAGCUUUAGGUGAGGAGAAGAUGCUCCAUUGGACAGCUGAACCUCUUCUGCUCUUCUCCCUGGCUCCUCUUCUGGACUGGGAAACUGCAGUAGUGAUCCCAGUGCAAACUUCACUGGUCUCAUAACAGCUCCACAAACACAACAGUUCAACAGUAUUCCUCCAAAGAUGAGAAAAGUAUUUCUCCAGCCCAUCUCAUCCAGCAGGUAUUGAGAAAGAAGUGGCCACAAUGUCAAACCAAUAGAGACACCAGUGGAUGCCAUGGCAUUGGCCAGCGUUCGCCACCGCACAAAGUAGUAGCCCAGUGCAGUCACUCCUGCCUGGAAGCUGAAGCAUGACCCCAGACCUAAAGAUAUAAGAACGAAAGAGAAAACAGCAUAUGAUCUCUCUGCAGUGUCUUACAAGGGAAAUGCUGAGUACCCUCGCAAGGCCCUGUGUCCACUCUGGAGCCACAGGAGGCAGCGGAGGGCAUCCCUACGGCCUCUACUUACCACCUGCGUGCAGCACAGCAACCAUGAUGGAGGGGAACCACGACGUCUCGCUGUUGGUGGCCUGGAACUCAUGCUGGAGGUCAGUGAAGAAGACGCCGAUGCAGGAGGGGAAGCCCAGCGUUAGCCCCUGCAGCACCACUGCGGCCACCAGGACCAUCCAUGCCCAUCCCUGGUCCUGGACUUUGGCAGCUCCCCGUGCUGCUGCUCCUCCUUGGGCCAUGGCUUCCUUCUGCUCGCAGGCAGCCUGCUGGAGAAGGGAGUGUAGCUACCAUGCAGCCCUCAGCCCAGGGAACGGACCUAUGGAGACAAGGGCUGCGGGUAUUCCCUGCGCUCGGAGGCACCAGCGUGUCCCAAGCCCUUGGCAGUGCACACUCUGGACUUCUUGCUCUGCAUUUCUUCCAGGACCUCCCUUCCUUCUCUCUGCAGGAUCCUGGCAGAUUGCUCGAGAAAUGACUGCCUUCCCCUUUUAUAUUGCACAAGACAGUGAGUGCAGCCAGGUACAGAACGGGACCACACCUCCCUUGAGGUAUGAACUGGCCUUACCCAGUUCUGCCCUUAUUCUCCCUUUCACCUGCUUUCAUCAUACAGAGUCCCCUUGCUGGCAAUUGCUAAGGUCACCAAGUCCUCACACUGAGAGGAGUGAGCAAAAAACUGUGCAAAUGCCAAGAAAAAUAGAAACAUAAAGCUUGCCUGUGGCAGCAUACAGUUGUACUGCGCAUACAGUUCAAAUCACUAGUGUUGAAAAAACAUUUUAGAAGUCACUGAUUAAUUAGUAUCCAGCGAUCUCAGAUAUGCUUUUGCUUCAUCUCUGUUUAGGUCUGGAGCUGCUUCUGAGAGAUCCCAGGUUUGCUUUCUGUGAGAUCAGCAGCAUGAAACAACGAGAGCAUUUCACAUGAAUAAAGGCACAAAACAAAUCUUUGGCAUCUGGACAAGCUCAGGAAAAGUGCCCAUAAGGGGAAUUCAAGACAGUACAUUUGAGGAGAUGCCUUACCUUUGCCUUCUCGCUGGGCUCUUUGACAAUGCCAUUGGUAGAAUUGUUGAGUUCCCUAGAUACAACACAGAGGAAUUCUGCCUGGUCUUCAUUUCCAUAGUUAUAUGAAGAUCCAAUGCUGAUUAGCUGUGUGACAGAAGACAGCCAAGACUACUGAAAAUGCCCAUUGCAGUGCACCAGUCCUGUCUCUGAACAGUCUCCAGCAGCUGCGCAUCCAACAUUGUCAUCACAUUACCAACAAUCCAUAACUAAAAGCAUUUCCUGAAGCAGCAUGGAAGAGCUGCUAAAGUCUGUAUGGAUGUUUUUCACAUCAUUUCCUUACAUCACUUUAAAGCAGUGCAGGUCCUGCUAGGCAGUCUGCUCCAAAGCGGUGAAAUGCUGAGGUCUUCCAAAGUGUCAUCUCCUAUCUUUGCUGAGACUGGUAACCAUUACUGUGGUCAUAACCUGGAUUUAACUUCCAAUUAAACAGAUACAAAAUGUUGUACAGAUAUUAUAGAAACCCUGCAGCAAUAAUAACUGCUUGUAAAACCUGUACGUUAACAACCUGCAGCGACUGCAGAGCUAUACGUCCAGUAAAGCUCUUGAACUGGGAUCUUUUCUGAGAGCAGAAGUAAAUACAAUGAAAAACCACAUACA